AUGACUGGGGUUCAUCAUUUUGUCGUUUUGGGUCUGCUGUUCCCAGCUUUCCUGAAGAGUUUCUUCGUCGGUGCAAUUUUCGCUGAUGAGGCGUACACGACGGAUUGGCUGGUGAGCCCGAUUGGCCCUUACAAAUGCGUUGCAUCCUCUGAUCAGUGGGACACGUUGUUGGUGGUCUCAGAAUUCAAUGAGGAGCAAGGCUUGGUCUCGCUGCUGAAUAAAACGUCAGGGUCGCUAAUAACUAGAAAGACAUUGGAGUAUCAGGUGGACGACGUCAUGCUGAAGGACGCCUCCGUCGUGCUAAAGAAGGCUGCACAGGACGGAUUUGUUGAGCUGGACAGGACGUACCUCUUUGAGAAUGAGUGGGUUCCCCUGGCGAACGAGACAGCACCUUUUGUGUCCAGUUGUCGCCCGGAUAACACACCCGGGGUCGUCGUGGAUUUGAAAACGAAGACGGUGAAGGUCAUUGACGAGGACUCGAAACUUCCAGUGCUUUCUCAUGAGUUGCCAGAAAACUUUGCGCUGCUGAACUGGGUCGAAACGGAUUAUAAAGAGUACGUCAAGCUUUUGAUCACAACAGCUGACAAGCACUCUUUUUACUACCAUAUUCAAAACGGAAAGCUUGUUGAAACCUGGACUAGAGACGAGUCGUUGUUCGGUGUAGUCGACCACACGUUUAUUGACUUGCAAGACCACUCGUUGGAAGAGAUCGCCGCAGAGAUCGCCAGCGAACGCAAAAUGGCAAACGUUUGGGACGCCUACUGGUUCAGAGUAACCACCGACGUGGAGCGGUUGUUGAAUUUUGCCCGCGUCAACAAGUUUUCUCCAGGGAGGAUGAUUUCUAAGAUGUUGCAUUUGGAUAGUUUCAGAUUAAAGAGCGGGAUGAGCCCUGAGGAGAUUAGAAACCAAAACUUGAAAUUCGGAUUGUCAAAACUGCUGGUUGUUUUGACCAAAGACGGGUUAUUGGCAGCCUUGGAUGUUUCCCGUAAUGGGGAAAUUGUCUGGCGGGUAAACACAAUUCCGGGACAACAUUCUUUGAAAGUGGAGUGGUUUGAAAGUUCGAGAGAACUUAUUGUGUUCACGGACGAUGGCUCUUUUGUUCUGUUAGAAUUGCUAGAUGAGAACUCCGCACCAGUCCUGAAAACUGAGGGCAAUAUUCUCAAAGACAGAAGGUCAUGCUCGAUUUCGUCUAUCCAAAGCCUGGAAGAUAAUGGCUCUUUCUUUGUCAAGUACGCACAACCAUGUGUUCACCCAAGCGAAAUCGUUAACAUCAACGACGAGGACUCCAUCAUGAACACCAAGGAGAAUUUUAUCACCGAUUUUGACAAGAACUCCAUUACAGGGUACAUCGUCUCACAAGGUAACACUUUAAAACGUACCUGGGACAUUACUUUGGACCCAGAGACAGACGUUAUCAUGGCGUACAGCGGUAGACAACACACUGAAGUGACAAACCCAGGGAUUAUUCUAGGAAGCAGAGACGUCCUGUUCAAAUACUUAUACCCUGAUUUGGCCAGUUUCGUCGUUUUCAACAAGCAAUCGCAACACCUUACGUUGAACGUCAUCAAUACCAUCACAGGUGAAGUGAUCUAUUCCCAGAUUCAUAAUGAAGAGCAUGUCAGCCCUGCUCGUCCAAUCAACAUUGUCUUUGGUGAACAUUGGGUUAUCUACUCUUAUUUCAGCUUGGAACCAACACCCGAGCAAAAAAUUGUAGUUGUCGAAUUGUACGAAUCAUUGACUCCAAAUAAGAGAAUGACAACGGUGCAUGAGAAUCCUUUGACUGGGGUAGAAAAGCCAGAAGCAGUAUCCCUGUCGUACUUUUUCCCUCAAAUCAUCAAGGAAAUGGCUAUUUCAAAUACGAAGUUCGACAUCACGACCAAAACGAUCAUUUUGGAAUUGGAAAACGGGCAGAUAACGCACUUGCCCAAAUUUUUGUUAAGUGCAAGGAGGAAAAAUGAAACGGACAUGACGGACGACGACAAAAAAGAAUUUAUGGCAAGUCCUUACAUGGCUACUAUCCCGAUCAGUGAUUAUUACGUUAUCACUCAUUUCAGAGACAUUUUAACUGGUUCAAAGGCGCAAUUAGAUUGUGUGCAGACUAAUUUGGAGUCUACCAGUGUUGCCUGUGAAAUCGGGCACGAUAUCUUCUGCACACGUAUCACGCCAUCGGGCCAAUUCGAUGUCAUGAGUCCUACUUUUGAAAAGGGCAAAUUACUCAUGACUGUUUUCGUCUGCCUCGCCCUGUGUAUCUUCCUGAAACCUUAUGUGACGAGAAAAGAAGUUAAAACAGUUUGGCUAAUACGCGACUGA